AUGACCAAUUUAUCUGAUUUAAUUCGAUCAAAAGUUGAUCAAAUUGAACAUACAUUUAAUAUAUCAUUAAUUAUAUUAGAAAGAUAUAGAAAAACAUUUAUUGAAAUAUUUGGUGGAAAUCAAUAUAAAUUACUUUAUUCCGAUUAUCAAUAUAAAAGAACAUCAAAUCAAAUAAAUUCUAAAUUAAAUACAAAAAAUAAAUUAAAUAAAUGUUCACAUCAAGAUUUAUAUUUACUUAUUUGGAUAAUAUAUAUAUUAGCUAAAACAAUUUAUCCAUCAACUAUGAAUGAUUUUAUUACUUUAUUUCAUUUACUUAUUUCUUCUUUUUCUUUUAUUUAUUAUCAUGCUAAAUUAGUUAAGUUGACUUAUUUAGUUAAAAAUAAACAUUCAUUAUAA